GAUUCAUCAAACGCAGAGCCUCACACACUUCUUUCUACAUGCCAACUCAUUUCAGUCGUCUGUGAACCUCUUCCAUUGUGCCUGAUGGUGGCUUGCGACCGAGCUCCGAUCCAGGCGACGAAUCCAUGUUCCGCAUCGGCUCUUGACCCUUCGUCUUGCCGGUUGUCGUGCCAUUCUGCUCGCAAACAAAGCUCCAGGACUGACCGCCCAUCAUGCGCCCCAGUAACCAGGUCAUCCACCCAUGUAGGUCGUUUAUACCAAAAAAUAGUCCUCCGUUCCUGAUCGACGGCAUGAUUAAGUCGCGUGCUUCCAUCAAUAUUCCUCUACAUAUCCUCCUUCGUCCACCAUAGCCUUGAUUUCACCUCUUUCAACGGUUUAUCUUCGUUCAAAAUGGGAGUCGCUCUAUCUACGCAAUCUACUCUCUCCCCACUCUCUCUAGCGAGCACCAUCAUUGGAUUUGUGUCUUUCUCUUUCACGCUUGCUACCCUUUUACGAGUCUUUUGGGGUAAUAUCACCACUGUCCUCAAUGCCCACGAUGAGAUACACGACUAUAUGAGCAACCUUCGGGUUCAGCUAUACGAAGAGCGACAAUCUUUGCGCAACCUACGACGACACAACAAGGAAUGGGGCAAGCGACGACGUACAAAGGGGAUUCCCCUCCCUCGCCUAGACGACUUGACCAUCAGGUCCAUGCAAGAUACAUUACGACAUCUUACAAGGAGAUUCAAAGCACUCGAACGACCGUUUCUAGACCAGGACACUGCUAUUGGCCGUCGCAGAUAUCGCAGAAGCUUCUCUCCAAAUCCGAAGGAAACUUGGGAUGCCGAGAAGGGGCUGCGAAGUAAGGAAAGAGAGUGGGACAAAGACUUUGACGACGAAGAAGACCCAAGAACGCAAGGAGAUGUCUACUGCAACAUCACCCUCGGCAAACGUGUUCUCUGGCUUCGUCGAAGGUCUGACGCACUUGCCAUCAUCGAGGCUGUCAGUCGUCUCCAAACCAGAAGGACUGCAAGACAGGUCGGUGAGAUUGCUGUUGCGCUGUAUGAGUAUGGAGACACGAUAGAAGAUUUGGAUGAAGGCAUGCAAGAGAUAGAAGCUCGUUUCAGCAAGAUAGUUGGCAUACGGAGGGUGAAUUGACGCGCGCUUCAUGUGGAUCUGUUUUUUAUCUUACACGCGAACUCGAUGCUAUAAACCAUUUCAUAGACAGCAAUGAGAUUGAGCC